CAAGGAGAAUAUAGGGCAAAUUAGGAAUUAUAACCGUAGAUGACUUCACGCCAUUUGGGUUACUAUUUAAUACGUAGUGGUGCACCGUGACAUGCAGCGACGUUAUUGAAAGGAAACUUCCUAAAUUUUAGACUGUGCUAUCUUUUAUACAGCAAAAUGUUGUAAAGUUAUUCGAUUAGUAAGUCUGUACAAACUGGUUUAUAGAUAGAUAAUGUCUGUGUGAAUGUAUGCGUUUUUAAUGUUAAUAUCCACAUGUUGUGUGGUAUAUGAGCGCAUCUGAGGUGUGUCACUUCGUCACAGUAACAGAUUCACCUUGUCGUGACCAGCUCACCUUGAAGCCAGCACGUGCGGGCCCCACCGUCCCCAGCCAUUAGGCGACCACAUUUUAAAGAGAGUGUCAACCUGAAAAAGGCGUGUCGGAAAGGUGGGAGAUAAUUGGCUUUCUGUUAAAACAAAAAAAUAAUCAACCAGCUGCAAGGAGAAAAAAGGAAAGAGGUUGUGAAAGGGGCCGAGCACAUCCUUCCCACAUGAUAAAGCUGACGUUGUGCGUCGAGGCACUCUAAUCUCCUAGAUUGCCCCCGAUUUGCUGCAACAUCUGCUGCAAUCCCGGCUUUGGCUGUCUGCGCUGCCGCAGCGAGAGGACCGGGAAUAGACGGAACAGGGGAGUGAGAGACACGGAGAGUGAUGCUAGCCUUCGUCUUGCUCACCGGGUGCAUCUGGAUGGUUUUGGAGAGUCUGGAGUAACAUGUCCACUGUGGACGUUAUUCACUUGGAUAUCUACAUGUCUGGGGAGAAGUCCAGUGUGCAACCUGUUUAAGAGCCUCUCCAAUUUUGGCACGGAAGUGGUGGGGAUGCACAGAGAUUUGCAGUAUAUUCUAUGAGAAGAUGCGGACCCAGCAGUUCCUGAGUAGCUUGCGGCUGCCAGAACUCCAUGACCUUGGCCAGGUUUUCCAUUCAGCGCCUGCCCACACGCUUGCUGGGAUUGGUGCCCUGGCGGUUCUCAUUGCCUACUGGCUUGCCACUCGACCUAAAGCUGUGAAGCCACCAUGCAACCUCAACAUGCAAUCAGAAGAAAUAGAGAACUCGGGAGGUGCCCGCAGGUCAGUGCUGGGGGACAACCCAGAGCUCCUUACCCAUUACUAUGAUGAUGCAAAAACCAUGUAUGAAGUUUUCAAAAGGGGGCUACUGAUCACUGGUGAUGGUCCGUGUUUGGGGUGGAGAAAGCCAGACCAGCCAUAUGAGUGGCUCUCAUACAAAGAGGUCAUAGAUAAGGCAGAGUGUCUAGGAUCAGGGUUGAUCUUCCAGGGAUCCAAGCCAUGUCCGAACCAGUUCAUUGGGGUCUUUGCUCAGAAUAGGCCUGAGUGGAUAAUUGCAGAGUUAGCUUGCUAUACCUAUUCCAUGGUGGUCGUCCCACUCUAUGACACUCUGGGACCAGGAGCCACUCGCCACAUUAUUAACACAGCUGAGAUUUCCACAGUUAUAUGUGACAGACCAGAAAAGGCAAUGGCUCUCUUACAGAAUGUGGAGAAGCAAGAGACACCGGGGCUUAAAACAAUCAUUUUAAUGGAUCCAUUUGAUGUGUCACUGGUGGAGCGAGGCAACAAAUGUGGGGUGCAAGUCCAAGCCCUUCGAGACAUUGAGGCUUUGGGAAGAAUACACCGCCGAAUGCCUGUGCCUCCUCGACCAGAUGAUUUAUCGAUUGUGUGCUUUACCAGUGGAACAACAGGAAACCCCAAGGGUGUUAUGCUUACUCAUGGGAAUGUUGUGGCAGAUUUUUCUGGCUUCCUUAAAGUGACAGAGAAAGUCAUCUUUCCCAGACAGGAUGACGUGCUUCUCUCCUUCCUUCCUCUUGCCCAUAUGUUUGAAAGAGUUAUCCAGUCUGUAGUUUACUUACAUGGAGGAAGGGUUGGCUUCUUUCAAGGAGACAUCAGACUUCUACCGGAUGACAUGAAAACACUCCGUCCUACAGUCUUUCCAGUGGUUCCCCGCUUGCUGAACAGAAUGUAUGACAAGGUCUUCAGUAUGGCAAACACUCCAUGGAAGCGAUGGCUUUUGGAAUUUGCAGCAAAAAGAAAAGAAGAAGAAGUCAAAAAUGGCAUUAUCAGAUGCAACAGCCUGUGGGAUAAACUCUUCUUUAAUAAAAUUCAGGCAAGUCUUGGUGGACGUGUCCGAAUGAUUGUCACAGGAGCAGCUCCAGCUUCACCUACUGUCUUGGGCUUCUUGAGAGCAGCAUUGGGAUGUCAGAUAUAUGAGGGCUAUGGGCAGACAGAGUGUACCGCUGGAAGCACCUUCACCACACCUGGUGACUGGACCGCAAGUCAUGUUGGAGCUCCACUGCCAUGCAAUUACAUCAAGUUGGUGGAUGUGGAAGACAUGAAUUACUUUGCUUCCAAAGGAGAGGGUGAGAUUUGCAUCAAAGGGCCAAAUGUAUUCAAGGGCUACCUCAAAGACGCAGCGAGAACAGCAGAAGCGUUAGAUGAAGAUGGAUGGCUACAUACUGGAGAUGUGGGAAGGUGGUUGUCCAAUGGGACUUUAAAAAUAAUUGAUCGGAAGAAGCACAUCUUUAAACUUGCUCAAGGAGAAUAUAUUUCCCCAGAGAAGAUCGAAAACAUCUAUAUUCGAAGUGAGCCAGUGGCCCAGCUCUAUGUCCAUGGGGACAGUUUGCAGUCCUGUUUAGUUGGCAUUGUGGUACCUGAUCCUGAGAUGAUGCCAUCAUGGGCCAGCAAAAGGGGUUUUGAAGGGCAUUAUGGAGACCUUUGCAAAGACAAGGGUGUUAAAAAAGCAAUAAUGGAAGAUUUGGUGCGCUUAGGAAAACAGAAUGGGCUUCAUUCAUUUGAACAGGUCAAGGACAUCUACAUCCACAGUGAAAUGUUUUCAGUCCAGAAUGGCCUUCUCACUCCAACACUGAAGGCAAAAAGGCCUGAACUUAGGGAAUACUUUAAGGAAAAACUUGAGGAGCUUUAUUCCAAUAUUUCAAUGUAAACCAGCAAUGUAAAUUCCCUACUCUAAUAACGUUUUUUUUUAGAAAGACUGUUGUAAAUAAUCCACUUGUUCGUAACUCUGGAUUAAAAUAUACCAAUAGUUACAAUAUAGAAAGUGAUUUUUUUUUUUUUAAUAAGGACAAAAAAUGAUGUUGGACGUCACUUGGACCCAAGCAGUGUGUUAUAAAGUAAAGCUUCUGUACGGCCCUCACACUUGUUCUGCAUCACUUGUUAUUUUCUGUUGCUAACAGCUGCUACAUGAGACUCUUCACCAAAAACGAGUGCGUAAGAGUUAUAAAAAGAGAGAAGCGGCUCAUUUUCUGAAGAUGAUGUGUGUGUUUGUGUGUGUCUAAUUUAGCAAUAGAGUGCUUUUGUGUGGAGUGUAAAGGUAAGCAAUAGAUAACAGUGUACACUUGUAUUGGCCCCACUUUUUCAACUAUCAGCAUUCACAUUUUUUCAGAUCAAUUGCAGGGGAUGACCACUGGGAGGGGAUCAAGAGCUCUUUGUGCCUUUCAUUUUUGCCUGACUCACAACGUGUAAAUCAAAGAACUCAAGGUAGGGCUGGUGACCUGCAAGGGAUUCUGGUUUUCAUUUCACGUAAACUUUUAAUCAGAGAUCUGUCCCUGGCUUGAAUUUUUGUCAGUUCAUGAGGUAAAGACACAGAUUUAAAGAGCAACUGUGUCUACCAAAUGAGAUCAUUAUUAAUGUGGCACUGUUUGAUUAAAGGUAUGUACAGUAUGCACUUUGUAAGAACAUUAAAGGUAUUAUGGAGGAAUCUGGUAAGCAUUAAAAGUCAUGACACUAAACUGUGAAGAAAUCGGUAAAAUCAGAAAUGUAUUGAAGGCAGGUGUAAUAGAGUUAAAUGGAGAAAACAGAGCUGUGUUGUGGAAAUCCUACUCCACCCUGGAGCUGGACUGCUCCCACACUCUCAUUCAGUCACAAACAGUGUGCCAUGUAAGUGCAGUGGCUGUGUGUGCUGUACACGCCAUCUCUAGAUAUUCUGUGCUGGGCACCCAAGUACCCUCCAUGCAGUAUGCAGGGCAGCACAUGACCAGGGCAGAUCAUUACAGUUAUCAAGUGUAUAACAAACGUAAUUACAGUUUUUUGGACAUUUUUGGUGUUUAAAUGUAAUGUUAUACUUGCCAUCUUCUAAUAAGUAAUAAUUUAUUUUAUGAGUUUAAGUGAAUGUUGGAAAUAUUUUCCAUAAGAAAAAUCUGACCUUAUAAAUCUUGAACCAACAUUUUUCCCCACUUAAUACACAUCUAAAAUAUUGCAGGAUGUACAUAAAUUAACAAGAAACUGUUUAUAGAUUUCACUACAUCAGUUUAGGUCAAGUACAUAAUUAUAAUGUUAAUUCACUGGAUUCUGUACAAUUGGUUUGCUGUGGUUGCUCACAAUAGACAACAGACAGUGGAAGUGUGAUCAUCUUCAUCUUGGGAAACAGCAUGAAGUCUUCCCAUGAAGGAGGACCAUUCCUUGAUUCCUGGGCAUUUGAUAUUCAAUAAGUGGAGUCAUGAGAGAAGGAAUUUUACAAGGUUCUUGUGGUAAAUGGCUUCAAGGUGGCUAACAAUGAUAUUUAUGGUCUAUGGUUAUGUUGCUUCUCUUUUAACUCUGGCAAUUGUGUACAUGUUAAGUCUUUUUUUGUUGCCAGUUUUGGCAACAUCUUUAGUAAAACGAAUGGUUUAAUGGGAUUAAAUGUGGUGUUAUUUGAAGUACUUAUGCAGUUUAAGCUUCUUGUAGUCUUGCCUGAUAGCAACCAAAUAUAGAAUUCUAAUUUUUCUAGUUUCUUAGAAAGUAGUUUAUAUAAUAGUGUGUCCCAUGGAGUACUUUCAUGUGCACACCCAUUCUUGCUUUAAAAUUGACUUGAGGUUGGUGAAGAACAUUGGGAACAAAAAACUAUCAUAUGUACUUGUGUGGAUAUACUGUACUGCAUAUCUGAUAGCCGUGAAAAAAUGUCUGACUUAUUUUAAAGAGAUAUAUGCAUUUGAAGUAGGGCUGACACUCUGUUCUAUUUAAGGACUUACAUGGUUAUAUGAUUUUCAUAACUGCAGAUGAUAAAGUUUUUUGUUUUUCUUUCUUAAAUUAAUCAAUUUACUUGUUCAGUUAGAUAAAUGUACUAAUUUUUACUGGUUAUUUUUUCCAGAUACUGCUUUAACAAUAUAGACUUGAUUCUAAUCAUACAAACUGUGAAACUAGAAGGCACUUACGCACAUGAAUGUCAAGAUGAUAUACAUUGCCAGUCAAAAGUCUGGACACAGCCAGAAACUUUCAGGUUUUUGAUAGAAUUUGACACUUUUUUAUCAAGUGCCAUCAAAAUGACUUAAAAUACAGCCAAGAUGUUAUUAAUGUUGCUAAAAACUAUUACAGCUUGAAAUGACUUGAUUUAGAUUUUUUUAUUCACACAUAACUGCAAAGCCCCAUUUUCAGCAGCCAUUCUUUGUGUGUCCUAAAGCUUAAUUCCCUUAGCUUAUCCUUAAUUGCUCAUUUUGGAUGCAAAAUCAAAAAUGGUCAAAAUGAAGAGUGUGUCAGUCUAUUGGUUUUAUGCAGAAUGAAGGUUAUUCCAUGUAGCAGAAGACAUUGAAGAUUUCAGACUAAGGUGUUUGAGUAGAGCACAAUGUCAAUCUGACCAGGACUCAAAAAGAAUAUGAAGACCCAGAUGGACACCUGCGUUUGAGGAGAAGAACAUCAGAGUAUGUAGUAUGAAAAACAAAUGCCUUACAGGUCCUCAGUUGACUUCUUCAUCAAUACACAAAAAACACCAGUGUCACCUGCGACAGAGAAAAGACAACUCCACAAUACUGGCCUUAGAGGCAAAGCUUGAAAGAAAAAGUCAUAUCUGAAACUGGCAAAUAAAAAGAAAAAGGAUACAUGUCCAAAAAAACAGGGCUAGAACACAGAAGAUGACUAGAAAAGGGUAUUGGGCUCAGCAUCCUGGAGUCAUCUUUGCAGUCAUAUGUGAAUAACAAAUCAAAAACUAGUCAUUUCAAGCUGUUAGAAACUUUGGUAAUGGCUUGGCUAUUUUUUUUUAUAAGAAUUUAAUGGUUGGUCAGUCAUUUUAUAACACACAGUUUUGAGGGGUGCGGGUUCCUAUCCCAGCAAGCAUACGGUGCAAGGCAGGAACAAACCUGGUCAGGAUGCCAGUCCAUCACAGGGCAAACACACACACACCACAACGACACUCUUAGGGCCAAUUUAGCAUCACCAAUCCAAAUAACUCACAUAUCUCUGGACUGUGGGAAGAAACUGGAGCAAACCCACGCAGACACGAAGAGAACACAUAAACUCCACACAGAGAGGACCAGUUAUGCAAACCCUGGUCUACUUAGUGUGAGGAAGCGGCACUGCCACUGCUUCACCCUUAAUUUAAUUCUAUCUUUAUAAAAAUGGUUUCAAUUUCUAUCAAAAAGGUAAACAUUUCUGAGUGUCAUGCCCAGUCAUUUGACUGUUAGUGUAUUUAUACAAUUUAAUGGAAACAUAAACCAAAUAUGAGAUACAGUUUAAAAAAACAGGGUGUCAUGAAGGACAGAAAACAUAUUGACCAUAGAGAAGGUCAGCGUAAUUUCCUCCAACCAUAAGGAUCAUUCCAGGUUCAAAAAGGAAGAUCCACGCAAUGUCUUUUGCAGCUCCCCAGUCAUGUACAGCAUGUGUCGAGAGUUGAACCUCAAACUCUAUAUACUGCAUGGUUCUGAAGUUUACAUUUAUUUUAAUAUGCACUUUGUGUUCAAUAUUGUUUAUCAAUGAAGUGAGCGAGGUACAGUAUGGCUAAUGAUGGUGAUCAUCUCUGAGCGAUCCUAGUGAUUCACAAUCCAAAGAUUAAUGCAUUAAGUUAAGCUCCUGUGCUUGGCCCUGUAAAAUGUUUCUGCACCAAAUGGUAAUGUAGUGUGUGUACCAUACCAGUGUACCCCUUUAAAAGUCACCAUGUGCAGUACACACACUGUGUUAAAUUCAGCAGUGGAGGGCUUCUUGUGUAGCCAGCAUCUUUGCAGAGAUCAAUCCAAGCACAGCAUUGCGACAUUCAGAUUUUAUGUUAGAGCGCUCAUUUCUAAGAAAAGUUGUUGAUCUCUUUUUCAAUUUGUUUUAUAAAAAACUAGGGGGCUUCUCCCCCUGCUUGCUUUGCUCGCCAAUCCCUUUUCCCCCCUUGCUAGCGCUACGCACCGUUGUGUAAAAGGGGGCUGAACACACCCAAAGGAGAUGCAGCCACUCUUACGAAACCCCUCUUAAACAGUGAUACAAUGGGAAACAAAUAACAGUUGGUUUUUUACCUCCUCUUUGCUCGAUCAUCUGCUGAGCUGCUGCUGCUGCCAUGGCACGUGAUCUGCAUCUCGUACGGCGCUUCAAACGUUUAAAAGCCUGUACAGCAGCUGUCCUUUUGUCUCACUGCCUUGUCUCUCUUCUCCCCCAGACAUCCUCAAACACUAUUCGAUCUCUUUUCGCAAUUCCGUUAUUUCACUGAGUAAUAUUUUCCGUUUGGUUGCGCUAAUGCGAUCUUUACUCUCCUUUUUGUGAGACUUUCGAAUUUUUCUAUUUCCAUUAUCUCUAACCUGCUCUGCAUGUGUAUCACGGGACUUGCUUCCAAAGGUUGAAAGUAUGACGUGACUUGUCCAUCUCGCGGGACGUGAAAGUGUCUCUCUGUCUCUCUUCCAAAGAUCAUGUCUUGUCACAAGACUUUUUUUAUAAUAGAGAGAAAUGUCUAUCUACCUACGUAAGAUUUUGUUCAGAAGCCUCCCAAUAAUUAAUUAGACUUUAUUCGGAUAAAUCUCAGCCAUCAUUCUGAAAGAACAAAAAUAUCCCGCCUGUUAAAAUAUUUACUUGGCUAUUCAGGUCAUUAAAAAUAAAAUAAUAACUGCAUGCCUAUCUGAAACUUGCUAAAUGUUUAGUUUCACAAUGGCUCUAUAUAUAUUUUUUUUUUUUAUGUCGAGUAUAUUAUAAAAAUGACUGAGUUAAUUCAUUUAAUGGGGCGUUGUCCUGUUAUGAACUUAGAGUUGGUUAUCUUUCCAUUCGCAGGGGCUUGGACUUCUGCAGCGCUAGAUGAAACUUUUCUCCCUACCUUUGGACUUGAAAUGUUAAACAAGACAGAUAUCCAUUUGCACUGCACUAUGCUAAGUCAAAAUAAAUUGUAGUUAGGAUAUACGAUUUAAAACAUAAUGAUUAUAUAUCUAAUGCACUGUAUAAAAUAAGGGUGUCAUGGUGGUCCAGUAGUUAGCACUGCCCUGAUAGCUCCAGAGAUCUGUGGUCACUAUCUACAUGGAGUUUAUUUGUGUGGGUUCAGAGCAGGCACUUUGGUUUUCUCCCACAUCCUUGUGAUGGACUGAUGUCCCAUCCAGCAUUGUUUCUUUCUUUCUGUCCAGUGCUGGCAAGUUAAGAUCCAUCUCACCACAACCUACUGUUGGAGAAAAACAUGGAUGAGUGUAUGUAGUGCUCUAAAAAAUCAAGAACCAUGUUUUAUUAAUUAAAAAUAUGAAUCAUGAGAGAAGGUGAAAGGUAGAAAGACAAGCACACAAAAAUCCCACAACACCACUAAGCCCACCGAACACACACUAUAUGCUCCUGACCUGAUAACAAAGUGCCUUCCAUAGUUUACCUCCUCUGAACCACAAAACUAAAUUCUCUUCAGCUCAAACUUAUCACUUGAUUUCAGUCUGACACCCUCCUCAUCCCCUCCAUAUGGUUCUCAUUUGCAUUCAGGCAUAUCUUUUAAAACUUGAGACCCAUUAGUAGUGGGCUAUAGAUUAACGGCUCCGGUGUUACAUGAGUGAAUGUCCACUGUGACCACUAAGCUGCCUACAACUCAUUAUUCGGCCGAUAGUAGGGACUGUUGCAUUAUAGAUCCCUGUGGAAUUGCACACACAAAUUCUCACACAAACACACACACAUGUGUGCAUGUGCAAAUAGCAUAUAAAUCCUAGUGAAAGAGGAGGUGGUUGCCAGGACCAUUUAGGCUUGGAAGUGCAAAUUUGUGUAUUCAAGAAAGGGAUUUUUUUGGGGUGUGAGGUGGGGCCUAAAGCCAUGGAAAGCCACCUGAGCUGAGUCUGUGAUUCCCCUAAACAAAUGGGGUGUAUACAUAUAUAUAUUACAUUCAUAGCAUUCGUAGUCUGAAUCACAAUCUGAUUGUAUGGAUGGUUACCUACCAGGUAACGCUUGUGGUUGGUCUGCAAGUCGGCAUAAAUCUGCCCCGGUGCCCUGUCAGUUGCGAGAAGCAGAUCAUACACUGUAUGGUGUAUUAAAUAUACAGCUCAAAAUACUUAAAGUAUUUAACUGAGAACCAGAGUACUUCAAUUUCGUAAGUAUCAAUUUAGUUGUCGUCCCACCAGCUUCUUCAAGGGAAACAAAGAAUUAUAAUAAUGUCACAGUGAAGAGGGCAGGAAAAUGAUAAUUAUUUUUCAGUAGAUAUAGAUACCAAAAAUGUUCUCUCAGGAUGGAAUAUCGGAAUUAACCAGAAUCCCAGUGCAUUUAAUCAUGUUAUAGUGCAUACACCACAUUUUUGUUUAAAUGGAGACCAUUCUUGGCUUGAUGCCUUUGCAUUGCUUUGUCCUAUACCUCAAAGUGGUAAUCAACCAGUGAAAAACAGUUUCAGAAAUUUCUUUGUACAGCUUAUUUGUAUUAUCUUGACCACUAUUGCAUAGAUAAGCAAACAGGGGUAUGCCUUGGAGUGAUCCAAAAAGAAUCAGACUUUGCAGCCAUGUAAAGCCAAGCACAUGCAUGCUUGAGUUGAAUAUGUACAGUACAAUUGUAAUAUGAAUGUAAAGAGAUUGAAGACCUUUAUUUUUUGCAUGGUGAGCAAAGCGAUCAAUGUGAAUGGCUCAGGGCCAGGGUGGGAACGGUGCUGGGAAGGGCUUAGGGACUGGGUCCUAAAAAGCUUAAUCCAUCACCGGGGAAAAAAAACAAAGAAAUGCACUUUGAACAUAAACUUUUGAAUGUAUGAUGUAAAAGCAUGAAAUUGAAAGGUGGCAAUAUUUUGUGUAUAAUUAUGUAAAAAAUAAAGACUAUAUAAUUCUAUAA